CAGAGCAAAAAAACAGAGUUUCAUAAAACAGAGUAUUUUCACCUACCCUUUUGCUUACCUUGUUCAAUUCCACUAAAGUUUUUUAAUUUCGAAUACCCUUUUGAUUAAUUUGUUUAAUUCCACUAUCACAAUGUUCAAUCAAGAGAGGCUGAUGCAUUACCAAGUGGAACCAUCAUGGAACUACUUCAUGAGGUUAAAAACAAUGGAAGAAGAUCAAAUGGAGAGAAUAAUGAGACUAGUUUCACAGAGUGCUGUUGUGAUAUUUAGCAUAAGUAGCUGUUGUAUGUGUCAUGCAAUGAAGAGUUUGUUCUGUGGAAUGGGAGUGAAUGCAAUGGUUCAUGAAGUUGAUGAAGAUCCUAAAGGGAAAGAAAUGGAGAGAGCAUUGAUGAGGUUACUUGGAAAUUCAACAUCACUUCCUGUUGUUUUCAUUGGUGGUAAAUUAGUUGGUUCUAUGGAUAGAGUUUUGGCUUUUCAUAUUAAUGGCUCUCUUGUUCCUCUCCUCAAAGAUGCUGGUGCUUUGUGGCUUUAGAAGAUUAUGAAUUUAGUUUCUUAGUCAUUAGAGUUGGAUUUAAUUAGUGAUAAUGUUUACAUGCUUAAUUAGAGAGAUUAAUAUAAUUAAGCACUGACUUAUAAUGUGUAGGUAACCUCUUUUCUGUUUCACUUAUGUGUAUGUCUCUAUCCAUAGCAUAAGCUUAAGAAAUACAAAACAAGGCAUUCCCUUUGCUCUUUUCAUUCUACAUCACUUUGAUUAGUGAAGAAGUUUCCGCGGUUCUGCGGUUCUUUAUUUAGUA